AUGGGUGGGAAACUUCUUAAACAGAUCACUACAUUACACGAAAAACCAAUUACUGCUUUAAAAUAUAAUGGAGUUCUUGAUUUAGUUGUAUCUGUUGAUGAUACAAAAAAAACUAAUGCUAUUUCUUUCUCAUUUUCUCCCAAUGGAAAGUUAUUAGCAUUUUUGUGUUCUGACGGAAUAGUGAGAGUGUUUCGUAUGCUUGAUGGAAAAAUGAUUCGUUCCUAUGAUGAAUCUUUGGAAAUGUAUUCCACUGCUCAAAAUGACCCAAAAAUGGAACAACUACAUCUCAAUAAAUUCGAUUUUGGAAGACGCUACGCUUUAGAAAAGGAACUGGAAAAAUCUAAUUUCCGCAAACAUCAAAGCUUAGUUUUUGACGAAUCAGGAAACAUUCUAAUGAUUCCAACCUUGAUUGGAAUCAAAGUUAUCAAUAUAGUUACAAAUAAGCUUUUCCGAAUUAUCGGAAAGUCAGAAUCUGAGCGUCCUUUAUAUUUGGCUUUAUUACAAGGAAAAGUUGAAAAGCCAGAUAUGACUGGUGACAUUUCGAGGGAUAUUAUAGAUGAGAUGCCUACAAAAGAAGAGCUUCAAAAAGCUGCACUCACUAUUUCAAAAGACGUCAAGAGUCUUUCUGAAAAACCAAAUAAACUUACUCUAUAUACAAAUGUUGGAGACAUAGUUAUUAAGCUCUUUCCUGAAGCUUCUCCAAAAGCUAUACCAGCCGAACAUCUUAACGGCGAAUACCCAAUAGUAGGAAGAGUUAUUCAUGGAGCGGAUGUUGUUUCAUAUAUAGAAAACGUAAAUAUAGCUUAA